AUGAGGUGUCCUUCUCUUGCGCGGUUGCCAUACCGCGCUGCUUCUGGCUUGACGAAAUCUCCUGUCCGUCUCCAAACACAGAGUCUACUUUCGAAGAGAUGCGCGUCAACGGCCGCUCUCCGAUGUGCUACCCCGGUUUACCAAUCGGUCCUCAACGGGCGUUCUGAGCAAACUAGAUAUGCCUCUGCCACUGCUGCUGCCGUUCUGGAGGCUGCUGCCUCCUCACCGGACACGUUAUCGCAGGAUGCCAUUAUCCAGAACCUCGAUCCCGUAGAGGCAGAAAGGUUGUCUCGGGUCAGAAACAUCGGUAUUGCUGCACAUAUCGACAGUGGUAAAACCACAUGUACCGAGCGAGUUCUUUUCUACACCGGCCGUAUUGGGGCGAUUCACGAGGUUCGGGGCCGCGACAGUGUUGGAGCGAAGAUGGACUCCAUGGACUUGGAGCGUGAGAAGGGUAUCACUAUCCAAUCCGCUGCUACAUUCUGUGACUGGAUCAAGAAGGAUGAUGAGGGCAAGGACCAGAAGUACCACAUCAACCUUAUCGACACACCUGGGCACAUUGACUUCACCAUCGAGGUGGAGAGAGCGCUGCGCGUUCUCGAUGGUGCAGUUAUGAUUCUUUGCGCCGUCUCUGGUGUUCAGUCACAGACAAUCACGGUCGACCGACAGAUGAGACGUUAUAACGUACCCCGAAUCUCCUUCGUCAACAAGAUGGAUCGCAUGGGUGCCAAUCCCUUCAAAGCGAUUGAUCAGAUCAACAACAAGCUGAAGCUGCCAGCAGCAGCAGUGCAGGUCCCCAUUGGCGCAGAAGACGAGUUUGAGGGUGUCGUCGAUCUCGUUCGCAUGAAGACCGUCUACAACCGGGGCCCUAAUGGUGAAGACAUCGUCAUCGAGGAUGCAAUCCCGGAGAAGGUCAAAGAGACUGUUGAAGAGAGGAGGAGAAUGCUUAUUGAAACCCUUGCUGAUGUGGACGAUGAGAUGGCAGAGCUUUUCCUUAGCGAGAUUGAACCCACCGAAAAGCAGGUCAAGGAAGCCAUCCGCCGCUCAACUAUCGCCUUGAAGUUUACUCCUGUGUUCAUGGGCACCGCGCUGGCGAAUAAGUCUGUACAGCCUAUGCUGGACGGUGUUAUUGACUAUCUUCCGAACCCAUCCGAGGUGCAAAACCUUGCCCUUGACAAGAAGCGAAACGAAGCUCAGGUGAAGCUUGUUCCCUAUAACUCUCUUCCACUGGUCUGCCUUGCUUUCAAGUUGGAAGAGAGCAACUUUGGGCAGCUGACCUAUAUCCGUGUUUACCAAGGAACACUGAAGAAGGGCUCUUACGUUUAUAAUGCUCGAACGGACAAGAAGGUGAGAAUUCCACGUAUUGUCCGCAUGCACUCCAAUGAAAUGGAGGAUGUCAACGAGAUUGGAGCCGGUGAAAUCUGUGCUGUGUUUGGUGUUGAGUGCGCGUCCGGUGAUUCAUUUACCGAUGGUCAACUGGGCUACACCAUGUCUUCGAUGUUCGUCCCAGAACCCGUCAUUUCACUCUCUAUCAAGCCCAAGAACAACAAGGAUUCUGCAAACUUCUCCAAAGCCAUGGCGCGCUUCCAACGUGAAGAUCCCACGUUCCGCGUGGCGUACGAUGCCGAGAGCGAGCAAACCCUGAUUUCCGGUAUGGGUGAACUCCACCUUGAUAUCUACAUCGAACGUAUGCGCCGCGAAUACCGCGUUGAUUGCGAGACCGGCCCGCCCCAGGUUGCUUACCGAGAGACCAUUGGCCAUCGCGUCGAGUUUGACCAUCUACUCAAGAAACAAACGGGAGGUCCUGGUGACUAUGCCCGUGUCAUUGGUUGGCUGGAGCCAACUGGCAAGCUUGAAGAGAACGUCUUUGAAGAACAGAUUGUCGGAGGAACUAUUUCUGAGAAGUUCAUCUUCGCCUGUGAAAAGGGUUUCCACUUGUCUUGCGCCAAGGGCCCACUCAUCGGCCACAAGGUGCUUGGAACCAGGAUGGUCAUCAACGACGGUGCCACCCACAUGACGGAUUCCUCUGAAAUGGCUUUCAAGAACGCCACCCAGCAGGCUUUCCGCAAGGCCUUCCAGGAGAGUAACCCGUCUGUCCUUGAGCCCAUGAUGAAGGUCGUGGUUACCGCGCCCGCCGAGUUCCAGGGUGAUGUUAUUGGUCUCCUGAACAAGCGUAAUGCUACUAUCAACGAUUCCGAGGUCGGCGCCGACGAGUUCACAGUCUUUGCUGACUGCAGUCUGAACGGCAUGUUCGGUUUCAGUUCCAACCUCCGUGCGUCCACCCAGGGUAAGGGUGAAUUCAGCAUGGAGUUCAGCCACUACGAGAAGGCUCCUCCUCAAGAACAGAAAGCACUCAUUGCCAAGUACCUGAAGGCCCAGGCUGACAGGAACAAGAAAUAA